GACACAGGGAGAGGAUGCCCUCUUCGGGCAUAUUAUUCCCGUGAUAAGGUUCGUUCCAUGAUCAUUAAUGUUGCUGCAUGAUCAUUAAUGUUGCAUGAUCAUUAAUGUUGCUCUCUUUACAUACAUUAAUGUUGCUUAGAGGCAGGUGACAAGGUGGUUUGUCAAGAAUCAGGGCUCAUAAUGAUGGCGACCCUUGAGGACAAAGCAUGCAAUUUUUACUCCUCGUGCCAGUGGCUUGAGCGUCUCUUUCCGUCAAAUGGUUGAUUUCCCUUUCGUAACAUGAAAUGGAGCAGGCUUCAAAAUGACGACGUCCCACAGGGUUAUCUGAGCACGAAGCAACCUGAGGUCUCGUACGGGCGCUACCUCAAAGCUAAAUGACGCUUGCUUUUGAGCUGACGCGUUUGGGCCACUUCCGUGGCCCCGCCAGAAACGGUGACGAGGCUAGGGAUGGUUCAGAAUAUUCCAUAGCGGAGCAUCGGAGCGUCUGCGAUGGCUUAAGGAAAGCAGGAGUGAAAUUCUGUCCCCUUCCACGGUGGAUUGUAUCUCUACACGAUGAGCACGAAAAACGAUUGAGAGGGGCUGCCGCCCGGAAGCUUCAAGCCACAGAGAUCGGAUACGAGCUGUACCACAAGAAUCUGAACGAUUUUCAACGUCGUGGCGUUGAUUUCAUCGUUAGUCGGGAGUUUCGUUGUUUGCUAGCAGAUGAUAUGGGCACUGGCAAAACGGUGCAGGCGCUCUGCGCCGCGUGCUAUUUUCGUCACCAGUGGCCCGUUCUGGUGCUGUGUCCGAAAAACGCGCUCGCUGUUUGGGAAGGGGAACUUGACAAGUGGCUCGGAAACAAAGUAAACAAGCAAAAGAUCGACAAGGGAAGUGAUAACGUAUCCCGCGUUGACUUCGUUAUAAUGACGCACGACCUCGCAAAACAGGAGAAGCUACAAAAGCAAGGCAACGGCGAACCGUUUAAAAUGGUGAUCGUCGACGAGGCUCAUAAGGCCAAGAACGAUCAGGCUCAGCGGUCUCAGGUAACAGGAUUUUUCUUUUACACUGCAGCUGCACGUGUGUGAAACGCAGUUGCCAGUCUCUAUAUGUGAGUCAGAUUUGCCUGUAAAGUCACUGUACCCAAUCUUGACAGUUGUUUUGUGAGCAAGAUUGCGCGAGAAAAUGAAAAACGUGGAGCAGCGGUUUGCAUUAGAUACUUAGCAUCAGCUCAUCACGAUGAAGAACGUUGACAACAUAUACAGAACAGUUUAUAACACGAAUGGCGGUUGGCACGGUUGGCACGAAUGACGCGGUUGGAACAACCCAACGAAGCCAAAAAGUGCCACGAAUGGCGCGGUUGGCGUUGGCACAAGCGGACAGGGAUGGGGAUUCGAAGGGCUGCAAUUCUACGGAAAGCCCCCCUGCCAUUUUCAAAAUGGUAAGGGAGCUAGCCAGAAACGAAGCCGGCUCGGCUGCUCUCUAAAGAGUGCGGGCCCUACCCUAGUGCGGCUGACCGUCGGAGGGCUGGCUUCUUUCUUGGAACUACCGCGCGGGCCACGCAAAUUCUGGUGGACUUGCAUGACCCCCGCGGAAUUCCACGAGAGGAAUGCUGCGACGAGGCGGGUGAUUUAGCAUGCGGCCGCCGCCCUAGGGUGCUCAGCUGAUCCACCGCGCCGCCGCCGUGGGAGAGCGGCGACGGAGGUGGGCCGUGUGAAGCGCAACGCCGUGGAGGGUGUGGCAGAUUGGUCGCAGGGCGCCCGAGUGGGAUUCCCAAAGUAUGUGCGCAGCGUUCGGAGAGAGCGACAACGCCGCGGGGGAGGUACCGCUUGAAAACGCAGGGCGCCCCGCUCUCAAAGGUCUGAAAGGUCAACGAAUGGCGGAGCGCAUUGAAGCCCCGGAUUGGAUGCCUGCCAUUCGUUCCAACCGUUCCAUUCGUGCCAUGCCAGCCGGCCCCCGAAAACCUUAGAAACUGUUCUGACAUAAGAGCAACAACAACACAUCGCCACUUCCACUGAGUUACAAUAGCACUGCGUUGAUUUAUAAAUAUCUGCUUCUCGAAGAUGCUAGCAGAAGCCCCUGCUCUUGUCUUCGAUUCGAGAAGUGCACUCGUGUCGUGUUAUUUUUGUCAGGUGUUGCGAGACUUGUCGAACAAAGCGACAGCUGGUGCGCUGUGGCUGAGUGGGACGCCGAUGGAAAACACCUCGGCGGAAGCUCGAGCAGCGCUGAAAAAUAGUUUUCCAAAGAUGAGCGAUGCCGAUUUCAAAAUGCGCUAUGUCGGGAGCAAUAAUACAUCCAUCCGCUGUGAGGAGCUCAAUGCCCUAUUGGAUUACUUCACGAUCCGAAGAACCAAGGAAGAAGUAAUGGGGGAUCGUUUGCCACCCAAAAAUCGGCGCAUGAUACCCUGCUUCUUGGAUGCCGAAACUAUUCGAAGUAACGGCUUGGAAAUUUCGGAUGCAGAGGCUGCAGAUAUCGAUCGGUCGAUCGAGCUGACCAAGCAGCUCCCGGAAAACAGUAAUGUCAUGGCACGGUAUAAAAAGACCGCAGUGGCAAAAAUUCCCUUCGCACAGUCGAAGGUUAUGGAGCUAUGCAAGAGUAAGGAUCCGCGACACGCGAAGAUGCUCCUUUUUCAUCAUCAUGAGUUAGUGGGAGAUGGACUCGUGGAGGCUUUGCAGGAUAGCGGCGUCGGCUUCGUGCGUAUCAAUGGUAAGACGUCAAGCAGAGAGCGCGAAAAGUGCGUGCAAGGCUUCCAGGAGAGACUUGCAAUUCGGGCCGCGGUUCUGUCGAUCACUGCCUGCGGCGAGGCCUUGACUAUGAUCGCGGCGCAUUACGCGCUCUUCGCAGAAUUCUACUGGAAGCCGAGUUCUCUCCGACAGGCAGAAGACCGCAUGCAUCGGAUUGGACAAACCAAACCAGUUACCAUCGACUACUUAUGCGCGAUUGGAACCCUAGACGAACGAAUAUUUGGACUAUUGAACAACAAGGAGGCUGUUAUCUCAACUGUGCUGGACGGGGCAAGAAGACUAUUCUCCAAUCAGCAGUGGUCAGCAGGGCCAAAUGUCGGUCAUGCUGCACCGACACGGCCUCAGACCGCAUCUACACCUGUUCGUAGGCAGCCGGCCGGAGAUGAGACUGCAUCAAGGGGCGUCUCGCCGAUGACAUUUGAGGUCCAGCCGGCAAAGCCCUCGCUCGUAGCUCCGCCAAAUGUAGCUGCCGAUGCGCCCUUCGUCAUGCCUGAUAAUGGAACAGAUCCCCCUGCCUGCACCUGCAGCGCCACUCCCCCAUCACUUCUAAACAGCGUGACAUCACCUGCGCACCACCUCCUGGGCGGCACUCCCCUGCAAGGUGAUAUCGCACCUGUUGCCGAUACCGGAGGCGCUUCUGACAAACGUGAAAGCGUUAUACCACCAAUUGCACACGUCCCGAGCCACCAGACGCCCACAUCUGCAGAAGCGCCAGCGUUCCCGCCAUGCGCAGAAAUCUUUGGAGAUUUUGAAGCAGAGUCAGAUCGUAGCACAGUUAUUGCAGCUGAAGAUGUUGGUAGCCAUGUGGGCGGGGCGUUUCCGCGAGAUCGCAUGCAGGACCCGAGCGGCGCUCUUAAUGGUGGAAACGAUAUUAUUAUUAGUGAAGCGCCGGCAAACCCGCACGCGAUCGCGAGCCAACGCGAAAGUAUAGGUGUUUCCCCCUUCGGCUGGGACGACUCUCUACCAGGCGCCGCUAGUGGAGGAGCGACAGAGCCAUCUGCGAGUGUCGUGCCUCAUUCGCAGAAAUCAGAAGCGGCGCCACAAAGCAACGAUGCAGACGUUGCACAGGCUUUGCGCUCUGACAACGUGGCACCAUCUUCGUCGCAUCCACAAGGACUUCUUGGCACGAUUUCACCGGCAGUAGUUUCGCAAGGAAAAUUGGUUUUUCCGGCAGCGGCAGAAGCUCGCGGGGCUCCGCGACCCGAAUCAAAAUCUUGGGCGAUGUGCCCAUUUAGAGCUGUUCGGAAUGCGGCGCACAGAAUCAUAGAAUGGUACGAGGGUACGGGACCUUCCGUUUCUGCUACUGAAGUGCCCGACGGUGCAUUCAAAGGCGAGCUGAUUUCUUCAGGCGGAGAAGUGCAGCACCAAGGCUCCCCGCGAUUUUUUCACAACUUAGUCGACGAGAUUGCGCGAGUAGAAGUGUCGCGGAUUUGUGUAGAGGUAUUUCAAGGCGAUUCCUGUUCUGCUCAGCUCUCUUACAGCGAGUUAGCGAGCAGAUCUUUGCAUCUUGCCGUGGCUCUGUGCCAACAGCAGGAGUUGCAACUUGCUACGCGACCUGUAACUUCUGAUGUAGCUAGAGGUGCAGUCUCAUUUUUUCGAGUUGGAAUCGAUUUACGACCGCAAUCUAUUCACUUCUUGCCUCUUCUUGUGGCAGUAAGCAGGACGGGCGGAACCGCCUGUCUGGUUCCAUGGGCUGCAGAUGGGCACGACUCAAAAAUGCGACAAAAAAUUAGCGAACGCAGAGAGCAGAUAAGGAAGGAACUGUUGUUGGAUAUCAACAUCACCCACGAAUGGUGCGAGCAAGCGCUAAAAACGUACCACAAAGACAAUUCGAGCCCGACCUCGUGUGGGAACACAGCUCGCGUUCUCGGAACAGUUGGUAUAGAAAAUCGGCUUCCUUUUUGUCUUGCGCAUACGAGCGGGACACGAGGUUCUGAGAAGUGUGCGGCCAUCACCCAUGCAAUGUUUGUGCACGAGUCGGAUCACUACCCGGCGCUUUUCUUUUCUGAUCUAGCCAGCGACAGGCACAGCCCAGAACGGCUCGCUUGCAGCCCGCAUACCUAUUGGGCUGCAAGCACACUUGGCCAAAUCAGCUUGGCUCUCGCGCUUCGUGGCACUUGUGUGUUUCUAAGCACUGCUCUCCCAGAAGAGGAGCUCCGCGGGUUGCACUCUGCGCGCGUCUCUAUCAUGGGCCUCGCUCCAGCCGCGUUCAAGCGCUAUCUUGCAGUCUGCGACAACAGUUUUAGAUGUUGCCGAAAACGCUACUUGCACGAUCUACAUACGCUGAUUUUCUGGGGAGAGGCCCUACCUCCUAGUUACGCCAAGGCGGUGAACGAGGUCGAAGGCGUUCGCACUCUGGAUCUGCUUACAGCAACAGAGUACUGGUUGUGUUUGGUCGCUGACUAUGAAGAAGGUCGAGAGUCUUUGUUUCGCAGUGCAGCGCCUCAGCUGGAUGCGAAAAUACUUGUCGAUGAGGAUGACACGGCGGGAAGACAUGGAGUACUGCAUGUAGCAGGCUCCCUUGUUUCUUCUGGGUAUUUCGAAGCCGACCGCAAGACUAUACUUCCUAACUCGUCCUCCUGGGUCCGUUUGUCGGACAAGUGCGAGCGCGUGCGGACGCUGGAAGGUGUGCCUGUUGCUCGAGGUAAACUACAAGAGCAGUUGUACUUCUGCACGGGGGACAGGGUCGAAAUCUGCGAAGAUGGACGACUGAGGCUCUGCGGCCGCGACAAUUUUCGGAUCAAGAUUCGGGGAGAAUACCUCGACCUGUCUCUGGUUCGAGACGAGAUCGCGCGAAAAACUGCGAGUCCCCAUAUGGACGUCCAACUUCUGCGGUAUUCGUAUAGACUUAGAUUGCGUAUUGAGAUGGCUUGAAAUACUCUCAAAAAUACUUUAAUAAAUGUUUCAUGACUGCAGCUGCACCUCCCCCUUCCCCUUUUAGCUCCUGUGUGUGCGUUAUUAACGCAGGGUAGAGGCAGUGAAAUUACAACAACCUGCAAGCAAGUCCAUUCAUCAUUAAAUAGUAAAAAACUUUUUACAAGAAAAAUGAAAAAUCAUGCAAGUAGAAGUAGUUGAUAGAAGAAUAUGCCUUCUGUCGUGGCGCUUACAAAUACAGGUCGAAUGAGCUUGCUCAACAAAAUAUGCAUUGUCCCUCUACGACCAAUCACCUCUUCACGUUUGACAUCCUGAUACGAACUUUGUUCGUCAGGUGCGACAGCACGUAUCACUUUUUCGUGGUCGAGCGAGAUGGCGUGGCGAUAAAUGCCACUAGAGAGGAGGCCGUGCCGCGCCUUGGAGGAUCCAACUUUGUUUCCGCCAUUCUGAAUCGGAUGCCUCGAGAUCCGGAUGAGGAGGAUCGGAUUCAGCUGCAUUUCCGCACAAAAGACCUACCGCGUUCGGUAGACGGGACGAAGCUCGCCGAAAAGGCACUGCGCGAAGAGUUGGUAGAGCAGACUGCGAAAGAGCGCCGCAUUGAAGAAUUCGAGGCGAGGCGGAAGGACGAUAGCAGAAGAAAUGGCAAGCGAAGCGCUGAAGUUUAUCCCUUGUACUGCCUGGCCAUGGCGGUGGUGACACGCGCGAUCGGCUCCCUGUUCGUAUAUGGAUUAUCUUCCCCUAUGAGCAGUAUUUGCAGCAUGGCUUUACUGCUCAAUAUUCUGGGUGAUGUCGCGCUGUAUUUUGUCCUGGUACCGAUCUUAAAUCGAUGGGCCCUCUGCAAACGGUGGGACCCAAGUGCGGAUCCGUACAUGAGAAAACCCGUCGGCCAUUUCCGAAGUUCUCUGGCCAACAGGAUGUAUCAUGACGAGCAAAGUUUCCCGUCACUUUCGUUGGUAAGCUUGUCGUGCGCAGUAGACUGCGCUGUUUACGAAAUGCACGCGGCAGACAGCUUUCUUUUGAUCAGCGGAUGGUCGCUGCAAGCGUGGGCAAUGGCAAAGUUGUUCCUUGGCUUCUGGUUGGUUCGUUCUCGUGGCUUGGCGUUGCUGAUGCUCGAGUGGCGUAUCAUCUCGAUUUACGCGAAAGACAAGCCGAACUGGUACCGUUUUUUCUCAAAGUUCGCCAUCAUCAAUCAUUUACAUAAGCGGAUAUUCUCAAGGUAGCUCUCGAGCUGAAUCAAGGACGCGAGUGAACAAUAUUCAUGUUUGUGUAGGUUGAGAUUUCUUUCAUCAUGUUGACAGGUACAAGCAGUGCUUGGAAAAGCUGGCGCACGCGGUUUGCAGACGGUUGAAGAAUAUUGAGCCCGCAGAUGGUAGUGAGAUGCAAGCCGCCCCUGACAUCAUCUGCCUUCGCGGGGCGGACGAACAGUUGCUGUCUGAGCAGGAGCAGUACGAAAAGUACUUUUUGGACAAUGAGCGUAUAUGCUUUGUCAUGUCGACCGAUCGAAGACAAAAACAAAUUGCGAAGUUUAUGGAAAUGAGUGAGCCAAUCUCGGGAGAAAUAGAAGCUGGACGUUGUGCAGGAUUGAUUCCGUUCGCCGAUCCUGAGGACCAUGCAGUCGCCGAAAUUUUAGAAAGGAGACUCUGCAGGAAAGUGUUCGUUGAAACGCGACUCUCGCAUCUCGACAGUCUUGACAGAGUGGCGCUCCUCAAUGAACUGCGAAAGAAGCUGGCGUGUUCCGUUCCUGCUGCAUUGGCAUUCCAAUGCGAAACGGCCGGCGAGAUGGUCGCUCUUGUACGGGAUUAUGCCAAAGAGGGAGCGCGAGAGGGUUUGGCCAAAACUCCGCUCCUUUUUCGAGACGCCUACGUGGGUGUUGAAGCGGGAACGGCUCAAGGAGGAUCAAUAGAGGUGAGCCAACUGGAGACCCAAGGCGCAGCUUUGUGGUUUGUUGCCGCACAAUGUAGACCUAUGGGCCUUUCUUACUACGAAAUUCAAAAUCCUCAAAAUUUCAAUCUUGAGCACUUCAACGCCGCGUUUUUUUGUUUACUGCAGCGCCACCCGCUUCUCAGGUACUUAUAAAUAUAUAAUUUUUCAUUCGUUAAUGUUCUUUCGACGCUUUUCGUGUUCAAGUUUUUUACUUACGGAAGCAUUGCCCUCCUCUAAGCGCGUAUGUUAAACCUGCGAGAAGAGUUUAUCUAGAAGUCUUUCCUUUCGCAGAAUACACGUCACAUUGAGAUUCAAAAGCAAAACAUGAACUCCCUGCAUUCUUCAGAGUCCGAAUGGACGAAGGCAUGGCAUACUUGCGGUUCGUCAGCGAGGCCGCACCUGUUGCGCUUUCCUUGGGUUGGUCGGGAUCUGCAUGGGAGAGCGUCUGGCCGCGGUGUCAUGCAGAUUCGAUCGAUGCAGACGGGAACCCGCCAAACUUGGUGCCGUGCCCGAUCAAGCUAAAUGCGAUGAAGGACUUCUUGGACCUUAUUCAACGAGGACAGGGAACCCCAGGUCAUUGGACGACAGGCGAGAACGGAUUGGAAAAAUGGCUGGCGGCUUCGGGUCGUGCGGCGCCUUUAAAGGUUGCGAUUAUAGCGACAAAAGACGAAAAAAGGGCCUUCGUGGUACUUUCCGCGAUACAUGCAAUCGCAGACGCUGUGACGAUGCAGACGCUGGCUACCGAUUUGUUCGAGAUGUAUCAGUCCCUCGUUUCUCGUGAAGCAGGUGCACUGGCUUCAGGAAUGCGAGACGGUUGUCGGGCCCAUUUGUCUACGCAGAUUCUGCAAGAGCGUCUGCUGACGACGCUGCGCGGAGACAUCGAAGUUCGCGGAAGUAGCCGUGUCUCCCUGCGCGGAUUCCAUGCAUAUAAAGGCAAGCGAUCGCUGUUUGCAACUCGACGCGAGUUACGCGUCCAAGGUGUAGCGCUGCAAGCGCUACGCCGGCUUGCAGAUGUUUACAACAUUCCGUUAGACCGCCUUCUGUUUGCACUGGCAGUUGCUGCUGAGCGUCGUGUUUCAAGACGCAAGGACCCGAUGACAUAUACACUUUAUGUACCGAUGCGGGACCAGGAGGGAACCACGGACGCCGUUGGGCUCUUCGUAGAUUUUCGAGAUCUCACCCUGUUUGAGUGA